AUGCGCGACCUGCUGCUGGCCGCGGCCGUCUCCGCCCUCGCCCUCGUCGCCGCCCUGCCCCUCCGAGCCCUCGGGUCUACCACCACGUCCCUUCUCCUCGUGGCGCAGUCUGCCUGUCAGAUGAUGGACGCGGAGUUCUUCUCCCAGAAUCAUCUCGAACGCUACGUCGCAACCGUUACGCGUUUCUCGAACAUUUCUCAUCCAUAUCGUCUUCUUAAUUACGAAGGUAAUUGUAAUAAGAAAACUCAAAUGAGAACUAGUCUUAAAAAAUCGUUUAAAAAUUACGUACUUCUCGUCGUAGAGACCUGCGGCGGCGACUGGAAGACUAUGGUGACUCGUCGCGCUCUGAGCACUCUCGGCGCGGGGGGCGGAGUGGUGGUCGUCGGCAGUUCCGCGGCGACGGUGUGCAGCGGCGUGUCCCUCGCGGCGCGCGCGCUGCACCGGCCGGAGCCCGCGAAGUGCAGCGAGCCCCACGCGCGCGCAGCAGCGGUGCUCCAGCUGGCGCGGCGGCUGCGCUGGCGCCGAGCUCUGCUGUGGCUCACCGGCGACGGCCAGCGGACCGGCGAGUGCUCAGCGGCUCUAUUAGACGUUGAGCGAGCUCUCCUCGCGGCUGGGCUCCUCGUGAGACGCGGGCCCACAGAUACGGCAGCCGAUACUUUUCGUGCGCACGUGAUAAUACUUUGCGAUUUGCCUAUAAACGAAACGAAGGUGACAGAAUACUUAUUCGAGACAGAUAUAUUGUUCUUGCAUCUAGUAGAUUCUACCACGUUUAAAAUAUCAGACAAAAGAAACAAAAUGAUGCCGAAAAGAGAAAAUAUUAAUGUACAAAUAAAUUCGUCGUCAACUCCGAAAACAGUACUGUCCGAUCUAUUAUCAGAUUAUUUUGAUUUCUUUUAUAAAACUUUGUCACCGAAGCCAGCAACUGUUGCUCACUCCAGUGAAUUAAAUUCAUUUACUGCUAAACAAACGAGGUCUUCACAACAAACUGUAACGCAUCAUUCAAUAGAAGUCGAAAAAUUAAAGCUACAUAAUAUUACGAGAAUGAAACGAAAAUUAUACAACAACAGAUGGCUUGAAGACACGGAACAUUUUAAUCAUCGAUUGAAGCGCAACGUGGAGCAUGUUAUGUACACUGGAUAUUUCGAUUCAAUUCUUGCGAUCUUAAAUCUAGUAAAAAACGUUCGUUUGCUAGUUCUCAGUGACGACGUCACCGAAGUCGAACCGACGACUGAAGCUCUGUAUAAUGAGCUUCUCGAAGCUACUUUAUCAUACUUCGAAGCGGAAUAUACGAGGUCACAACAUGCUUCUAAUUCUUUUUUCUUGUAUAAAAGUGAAGUUUCAAAUAACCGUAUGACUUGGAAACAUGUCGCAACAAUGUCCACUUCAUCAGAGAGGUCACUAAAUCCAUACGACGAGUGGGCAUCAACUGUUGUAAUAGAUUUAGACGGAGAGAACGAGCUCAAACUUUGGAGUACAACCAGCAACCGAGAGGAAGUACAAGAGUUGAAUGCUGUGAAUGGUAUGGAAAUGGCUCAGUUAGCUGGUGUACUGCUAUGCUUAGCGUGUACUAUAACUUGUGCUUUAGCCGUAGCGGCCGCAUACGUGAGACGCGUAUCUAAGCGACAAACACCAAGAAGACCUCGAGCUGUUUCUGUUCUUGCCCCUACUGAUUUCCAGUUUCCAGCUGAUGAACAUCGUCGCGUAGGUGAAGGAAUGGAAACCAUGCUCUCUUGGCUUCAACAAUUUCAUGAAUUUGGUGGUCCGGAACCAGAAAAACCAGAUUUACUCAAGAGACCAGAACCACUCAUUCAAUCUGCUCCUUCGUCAACUUGCAGUGUCACCCGCCUAACCGCUGACAAUCGCACCAGAUACAAGGGUGAUCCAGUUCACAUGAAAUAUUUACCUGCUUCGUCUCUGGAACUACGUCGCAAAACAAGUGACAUAUUGCUUGUGAUGCAAAGUCUCCGUCACGAAAAUUUGAACCCUUUCAUUGGUUGCUUGACGGAAAUUCGACCUGCACUGGUAUUCGAAGCAUGCGGCCGCGGCUCGCUGGAGGACGUGCUGGUGGCCGACGACAUCCGCCUGGACUGGACCUUUCGGCUCUCGCUGCUCACUGACUUAGUCCGCGGCAUGCGCUACUUGCAUACUUCGCCUUUGCGAGUGCACGCUCGACUCUCGUCGCGGAACUGCGUCGUUGACUCUCGCUGGGUGUUGCGCAUUACUGACUAUGGCCUGCCUGCAUUCACUUCCGCUCAGUCUCUCCCUUAUCCACCUCGCACUGCACGGGAUUUGCUGUGGACUGCUCCGGAGAUACUUCGUGAAACAAGCUCGGCGACGGUCCCGGGCGGCACGCCGGCGGGCGAUGUGUUCUCCUUUGCUAUAAUUAUGCAGGAAGUCAUCGUCCGUGGCGAACCUUACUGUAUGUUGUCUCUUACUCCUGAAGAGAUAGUGGAUAAGUUGAAACACCCACCACCUUUAAUUCGACCGUCAGUGUCAAUGAGCGCCGCUCCGCCAGAAGCAGUAAGCGUCAUGCGGCAAUGUUGGAGCGAGCAGCCGGAUCUGCGUCCAGAUUUUAAUCGUAUCUACGAUGUGUUUCGUCACAUGCACAGAGGACGGAAAAUUAACAUAGUCGAUUCUAUGUUUGAAAUGUUGGAAAAGUAUAGCAAUAAUUUAGAAGAAUUAAUAAAAGAUAGGACUGAGCAACUCGACAUGGAAAAGAAGAAGACUGAACAGCUCCUUAACAGGAUGUUGCCGAGAUCAGUGGCGGAGCGACUGAUGUUCGGUCUGCGCGUCGAGCCCGAGGAGUUCGAGGAGGUGUCCAUCUACUUCAGCGACAUCGUGGGCUUCACGGCACUUGCCGCACGCUCCACGCCCGUGCAGGUGGUGGAUCUGCUCAACGACCUCUACACGACCUUCGACGCGGCCAUCGAGCAGUAUCGAGUCUACAAGGUAGAGACGAUUGGCGACGCUUACAUGGUAGUCGGCGGGCUACCUAUCCGGUGCAGCGACCACGCGGAGAACGUGGCCACGAUGGCCCUGCACUUGCUGCACUUAGCCGGGCGCUUCCGCAUCCGCCACCUGCCGGGCUCGCCCCUGCACCUGCGCAUCGGCCUGCACACGGGGGCGUGCUGCGCCGGCGUGGUCGGCCUCACGAUGCCGCGCUACUGCCUGUUCGGCGACACAGUCAACACUGCCUCUCGCAUGGAGUCCACGGGAGCAGCGUGGCGCAUCCAGGUGUCGGCAACGACCGCGGAGCGGCUGGUGGCGGCGGGCGGCUACCGGCUGCGCUCGCGCGGCCUGACGCAGAUCAAGGGCAAGGGCGCCAUGCAUACCUACUGGCUCCUCGGCAAGGAUGGGUUCGACAAACCAUUACCCACGCCGCCUCCUCUCGAGUCUGAAGAGGUGUUGUUUGAGGCGGACAGUGAAAACGACACGGAGACCAGCGAUCAAUCCAUCGAAAGAGACAGAAAAUCUUCCGCCGUACAGUCUGUAGAGCGUCAGCGCUCCGACCCCUCGCCCACUGCCGAUAAGUUUUCGUGGCAACGUUCGGGCGCCGUGUCGGCGGAGAGCAGUCCCCCGCCGCCCUCGUUACCGCGGUGUCGCUACUUGCGCUCUUCCGUGUCGACGGUCGCCGGCCUUCUCGACACUCCGCGUCUCACAGAUCGCUGGGCGUCGUCGGGCGCGCGCGUGCUGCGGCGCCAGUGGUCGCUGGAGCGCGGCGACCCGCCGCGCUACCGCACGCGCCGCGACGCCGCGCCCGACGCGUCCGACCGGUAGCGCGCCGCUGCGUCUCCGCAACCCUCCCCGACAAUAAUUUUCGUCCUCGAGCCCGGGCUGCGCUCGAUGACUUCCGACUGUCCUUCGUAGCUACUGUGAACGUUGUGAUCGUCUAGAAAGUGUAGACUUACUUGCGUCGAAAAUAUUUUUAUUACGAGUCUUCGAUUCAAAUAUCCCUUUAUCUUGGAUAAAAUUAUUUAUUUUUUAAAUGUUUUCAGUGAUAAUAAAUCAUUUAUCUUUG